AUGAGUUGUUUAAGCUGGAAUUGCCGCGGGCUUGGGAACCUGCGAGCCUCACAAUUCUUAAGAGACCUUGUGUCUCAAAAGAAGCCAAAUUUGCUAUUUCUUUGUGAAACAUUAUGUAAUAAGUCUAGUUUGGAAAGUUUAAGAGCCCAACUGGGCUUCGAAGGUUGUUUUGUGGUGGAAGCUCGCGGUCACAGCGGUGGGCUUGCUCUUCUUUGGAAAGAAGCAAGUGAAGUUGUCAUUCAAGGCUUCUCUUUUCAUCAUAUAGAUGCCACAGUUCAAAUGGUGGGGCUGCCUCCUUGGCGUUUCACUGGCAUUUAUGGGGAGCCAAAAAGAGAACUUCGGUCUCAAACUUGGGACCUUUUUCGGUCACUCAAAAAUGAUAGCCUUCUUCCAUGGUGUCUGUUGGGAGAUAUGAAUAAUUUGGGGUCUCAUUUAGAGAAGAAAGGAGGAAGGAAGUAUCCUGAUCGACUUAUUGAGGGAUUUCUUAAGGCCUUGGACGAUUGCAAUCUGAUUGACAUGCCUCUUCUUGGCUACCCGUUCACUUGGGAGAAAGGAAGAAAUAGUAUCGAGUGGAUUGAAGAAAGACUCGACAAAGCUCUCGUCACCAAUUCUUGGCUAUCAACGUUUCCACAAUCAUCAUUACUCAACUUGGAGUUCUCAACAAGUGACCAUUGCCCUUUGUUGCUAACCUUUAAAGGUAACACUCCUCUCGUUUCUUUUCGUUCUUUUCGUUUUGAGAAUGCUUGGCUCCGGGAACCCUUGAGUUCGAGUUCAGUCACUAUUCAAGAGAAAAUUCAUCAUUGUGGCGAAGUCUUGGGGAGAUGGGGACGGGACAUAACUGGGAAUUUUCGAAAGCGUAUCAAUGAAUGCAAGAGUCAAAUCCGAAAUUCUAAGUGGGGUAAAGAUCCUAUUUCCAUCCAACAACACAAAGAAGGGAAGGACAAGUUGGCGGAAGUGCUGGCUCAAAAAGAAAUAUUUUGGAAGCAAAGAUCGAAGCAAUUCUGGCUCAAUUCGGGUGAUAAGAACAGUAAGUAUUUUCACUCAAUUGCUAAUUCCAUGAAGAGAAACAAUAGUAUUUCCCGUCUUCAAGAUAGCAAUGGAGAUUGGGUUACAUGGGAGGCGGGCUUGGCCAAUGUUAUCACUAGCUAUUUUCAUGAUUUGUUCUCUACAUCUAGUGUUAACUUGGGUUCGGUUUUGGAUGGUAUUCAGCCAACUGUUAGCCGUGAGCAGAAUGAAGAUCUCUUGAGAACAAUUUCUGAGGAAGAAGUUAGAAAUGCCCUCUUUCAGAUGCAUCCUGACAAGUCACCGGGGCCCGAUGGUAUGACACCAGCUUUUUACCAAAAGCAUUGGGGAAUAGUUGGGACAGAUGUGGUCAAGUUUGUUCGGGAUUUCUUUGAUUCGGGCCAGUUUCCGGACUCCAUAAAUGACACUCAUAUUGUUCUUAUACCGAAGAAGAAAAAUCCUUCUCAAAUGGGCGACCUUCGACCAAUCUCGCUUUGUAAUGUCAUUUAUAAAGUCGCCUCCAAGGUAGUGGCCAAUAGAAUGAAGAAUGUCCUCAACUUUGCUAUCUCAGAAACUCAAAGCGCGUUUGUAGCGGGAAGACUAAUUUCAGACAACAUCAUGGUGGCUUUCGAAGUCAUGCACUAUCUGAAAAGGAAGACUACUGGAAAAAAGGGAUACAUGGCACUUAAACUCGAUAUGAGCAAGGCUUAUGAUCGUGUUGAGUGGGGUUUCUUGGAGGCCAUACUACGGGUGAUGGGAUUCAAUACUCGAUGGAUUGGUUUGGUUCUAAGUUGUGUUAACUCGGUUAGAUAUCAUGUUAUAAAUAGUGGACAGAAACUGGGGCCGAUUAUUCCAACCAGAGGAAUCCGCCAAGGAUGUCCUUUAUCUCCGUACUUGUUCAUUGUCUGCGCGGAAGGGUUCUCAUCUUUGAUAAGGUCUUACGAGUCGUCUCGAUGGCUCACCGGUUGUAAAGUGGCUAGAAGCGCACCUACCAUAUCCCAUCUCCUUUUUGCAGACGAUAGCUAUAUUUAUUGUCAAGCCACUGAUGAAGAAGCCAAUCAUGUUCUUUCCCUCCUUCGGUUCUUUGAAGACGCCUCGGGCCAGAAAGUUAAUCUCCAUAAAUCUUCAGCCUUCUUCAGUUCCAACACGAGUACGGUUACAAGAAGCCGUAUUUGCAGUUUGAUGCGUAUCCAAGAAGUUGGGGUGGAUAGUAUGUAUUUGGGUCUUCCUAGUAUUGUGGGUCGUAACAAAAAUGCUGUCUUGGGCUUCCUCAAAGAGAAGAUGAGAAAGAGGAUCAAUAGUUGGGAGGGAAAAUUUCUCUCUCGGGCUGGGAAAGAGAUUCUCAUUAAGUCAGUGGUUCAAUCACUUCCCUCAUAUGCUAUGAAUGUCUUCUUAUUCCCGGUUGGAACUUGCAAAGAACUUGAGAAGAUGAUGGCUAGUUUCUGGUGGAAGUCUAAUAACUCUUCGGGUAGUGGAAGUGGUAUCAUUUGGAUGAAUUGGGAUAGAAUGACAAAACAUAAGUUAGAAGGUGGUAUGGGCUUUCGAUGCUUGCGGGAUUUUAAUCUUGCUAUGCUUGGCAAGCAAGGUUGGAGAUUAUUGUUUCGUCAUGAUUCCAUAGUGGGAAAAGUCUUUAAAGCGAGAUACUAUCCUCAAGGGGAUUUUCUUUCUGCGGAGCUUGGGUCAAAUCCAAGCUUUGUUUGGAGUAGUAUCUUUGCUGCCCGGGAUGUUGUUAAAGCGGGUUUGAGGAAAAGGAUUGGCGGGGGAUUGUCUGUGCAAAUCACAUCAGACCCAUGGCUUCCUAUUGUUGAUCGAGCCACUCCAAUUCCUGUUGUGCCGGGCCUUGAGCACUUCACAGUUAAUAGUCUUUUCCAAGUUAAUAAUAGAAGCUGGGAUGUUGAUGUGGUAAGGGAUUUAUUUUCUCCUGAAGAUGCAUCUAUUAUUCUUGGAAUUCCCUUAAGUUCGGUUGAUGCAGACACUUGGUAUUGGGUCGCAGAGAAGAAUGGUUUUUAUUCAGUUCGAGGCGCUUAUCAUUUGCUCCAAACACUGAAGCAUCCGCCGGGUUUGUCGGAACCAAAUGUUAGUUGGAAGAUUUUAUGGUCUCUUAAGGCACCUCCGAAAGCUAAAGACCUUGUUUGGAGAGCGGCCUCUAAUUGCCUCGCCACCAAAGUUAAUCUAUGCAUCAAGAAGGUAUUGGUCGAAAAUACUUGCCCCAUGUGUGGAGUUUUCGCUGAAACCGAAUUGCACAUCCUGGUUUCAUGCAAUUUCGCUUGGGCGUGCUGGGAGUUUGCUGGUUUGGCGGCUGCAAACCGAGAAGCUUCUUCUCUCGGACAGUGGCUUAAUGACUCAUUUAGCCGCCUGCAAGGUGAACUUCAUAGCAGAGUUGUAAUGGUGUCUUGGGCAAUAUGGUGUGCUCGCAAUGAUCUCAUAUGGCAGCAGCGGUCUCGUAGCGUGAAGGACGUGGUUACAUUUGCUAAUUCGAGUCUUGAUCAAUGGUUGAAAGCUCAAGGAAAGGGUAACAUUCCCUUGUUGUCUCCUCUCAAAGAUGGAGAUGGUUCGGAGCUUUGGUUGAAGCCGAGUAUAGGAAUCAAACUCAAUGUCGAUGCAGCCAUUUUUGAACGCUCUUCAAAGCACGGGUUCGGGUGUGUUGUUCGAGAUACCGAGGGCACUUUGACUGCUGCCUUUGCUGGUGUGAAAACUGGCAGCGUUUCUCCUGAGUUGGUCGAAGUUAUGGGCAUACGGGAAGCUUUGAGUUGGCUGAAAAAUCACUCCUUUUCUCAGGUCAUCGUCGAGACCGAUAGCCUCGUUUGUGCUGAAGCCAUUCGUAGUGCAGAGGUGUUCGCCUCUUCCUUCGGUUCAGUAGUGGAAGACUGCAAGAAAAUUAUUGAAAGUCUGAGUAAUGUUUCGCUUUUGUUUGUUAAGCGUUCUGCGAAUUGUGCUGCGCAUUUUGUUGCCCGGCACUCUAUUUCCCUUGCUGAACGCAUUAUUGUCAUAGUGAUUUCGGAUAACUCAAAAAAGAAUUUAGAGGAGACUGUGAAUAGUAAAAAUAUGUUGACAAUGGUUGUGGAAUCUGAUAAGGAGAAAUGGGAGUGUACUGAGCCUAGGGUGACUGUGGGAAAAUUGUCCUUUGUUGGUAGGAUGUUAGCUCCACGCAAAUGUAAUGAUAAGUUUAUUAAAAAUGUGUUUAGUAGGAUUUGGAAAAGGAAAGAAAGGUGGGAUGUGCAAUUUUUGCAGGGUUCUCUUUUAACGAUGAGAUCUUGUUUCAGCAAGUGCUUAAGAGAAUGCCUUGGACAUUUAAAGUUGGUAUCCUUAUUGGCGAAGAGUAGCCAACUUCUGGUCUUUGAGAUGAAGCACAACUGA